UCCGCACCCUCAACCUAAAUAAAUACGCUUACAGGAAACCCUCUCUGAAUAACCUUUAAACUGACUGGGAGUAGACCAUAGACCGUAUUGGAAUACACAGGACAAGAAAAUUGUGACAACAUGUGGGAUAGGAUUAUUUUUUGUGGACUGGUGAUCUGUCUCAUCUGCCUCACUGACCAGACUCAGGGCCAGAAAACACCUUUAGUUGUUCAAGGGACAGAUUGCACACAGAUCAAAACUCUCUCCCCUCGAGCCACCAGUGGAGUGUAUGUCAUUCAGCCUGCAGGAGUCACAUCCCCCUUUAAGGUGUACUGUGAGAUGCUGGUGGACGGAGGCUGGACAGUCUUUCAGAGGCGCUCCGGGGCAGAGGUUCUUUUCAACAGGAAGUGGGCAGUGUACAAACAAGGCUUUGGGAAUCUACAGAAGGACCACUGGCUGGGUCUGAGUAAGGUGUUUGCUCUAACCAAGGGGGGCCGGGGGCUGAACUCGACUAUGCGGGUCGAUCUGUGGGACUUUGAAGGGGGCACUGCCUUUGCUGAGUACAGUGACUUCCGUCUGGGCACGGAGAAGGAGGCCUAUAAGCUGAACGUUGGAGCGUACAAGGGCAACGCAGGUGAAGCCAUCCGUGGGAAAUACGCCGGCAUUGACCAAAAUGGCUUUGGCUUCAGCACAAAUGACAAGGACAAUGACGGCUGCUCACCCUGCAUCUUUGGCGACAUCGCCGAGAACACGUGCAGCUUCUCGGAGGGAGGAGGAGGGUGGUGGUACAGCCGCUGUGGCUCUGCCAGCCUAAACGGAGACUGGCACCCCGCCGGCGAACACAUCGGCUGGAUCUCUGGCCUCCACUGGGCGACCUGGAAAGAACCUGUCCCGUACUCAACCCGAGCCAGCCGCAUGAUGAUCAAGUCUGUGUGGAAGAAGAUUAUUACAGCAAACUAAUACGAAAACAAAUCAUGAAACUAUUUCGUAAACUGAAAUAAAACAAUUAAGGCAAGGUUUGACAAACAAAACUAUACUGAAACUACGAUCUUUAACUUACUAAAAUAAAAACACUGGACCAGUUAAGGUUUAUAAGUCCAACAUGGUCAGAGCCACCAUGUUUCCAGUGAAGACAAAAUAUCAUGUGGACAUUUUAUUUGUUACACUGCAACAAUUAUGCAUAUCUAAUGAGAACAGUUUAAAUAGUUUGACAUAACUUAUAGUUUGGAAUGUUGAUAUUGCAUGCGUGUUCAAAUAUAAUUAUCUUUAGAACAUUUGUUUAGCACACACUUAGCCCAAACAUACUUAGCCCAAGUUCAGACACCAUUAGUUUGCCCUGUAAACAUGCUUGAAUUCACACAUUCAAAGCUCUGUGUUUAAAGUGAAAUAAAAAGUUGUACUUAUUGCAUAUUAAAUCAUUCAUGGUUUCUCAUCAUACAGUAAAUAGGUUGUUGUUCUCCUACCCUAGAAGCCUGGUUUCUAGCUUUGAUUGAAUAGGGAUAUUUAGCUUUGUUACACAUUGGUACAUUAAUCCCAGGGCUCACUUGAAAAAGAGAUCUCAAUGUGACUGAUCAUGGUUAAAUAAAGCAUAAAAAGAAUAAAA